AGGAUCUUUUUGUGUGAGUCUUGAUUAAAUCGAGGCCGCAAACACGACACUGAACAGUCGAAGUCACAGCACCAUAAAUUAAUUUUUAGAAGUUUGCUGCUGAUCUGAAUAUAAUUUGAGGAGAAGUGUCAAUCAUGUCGACAGAAAUGUGGUCUAACAGCUUGUUUGGAUGUUUCUCAGAUAUCGGCACAUGUGUCAUAGCAUUCAUUGUGCCUUGGUACAUUCAGGGUAAGAACGCUGAAGCAGCUGGCGAGCCUUGUCUUCACCACGGACUGGCUGGACUAGUACCUAUCCUUGGACAGUACUGUCAUGCCGUCAUUAGGGGGAAGAUCAGAGAACAAAAGAGCAUUGAGGGUACGUUCUUCAGCGACAUUGUUCUGAGUUUUUUCUGUGGACGGUGUGCACUGGUACAGGAAGCUCAGGAGAUAAAGACUCCCGCUCCGUUGGCAAUGGCUAGGGAGUGAGAUUGAGUGAGCGUGGAAGUAGUACGUAUCGGACAUGAGUUAUAAAAAAAAAAACUUUCAAAUCAUUUUAAUUACACCUGUACAUACAUGUGUAAAUUUGUUUUUGGUCCUUGUGUUUUGAAUACAUACGUGGACAAUGUUUACAUAAUUAUGCGUAAUUUUGAA